AUGUCAUCUGUAACACCACCACCAAUUGUCUUGGAAAUAAAAUCUCAUGAUUCGAAGAGAAUCAAGGUCCUUUUGCCUCACACUGUGUCUUUGGAUGUGGAGGAUAACAUCCAUAUGUUGAAAAUAGGCAGUGUGACUGAAAAGGUCAAAGUAUCCCCAAAAUGCCUCGAUCAAAUUCGGCUCAUAAUCCAUCAAUUUUGCCUGUAUCAACAAAUCAUUACAGUGCUAAGAAAACUUCCAAAGUCUGAUGGCGUUAAUGCGACUGUCACAUUCUACAUGUUGUUAGUCAAAUAUUUCAAAGAUGUUAUCUCAGCAUUCCAUGGCGAGGUGAAGGCCUAUGCAUCAAGCUCUACCUCGAAGUGGCAUUCAGUGUAUCUCAACUAUCACAUUGCUCUUGCAUUGCAUGAUAGCUCAUUCACUGAGGAGAUGCAGAUCACAGCCCUCAAGGACAUUAAGUGCACCUGGACUCAUUUCAGGGAGAAGAAGGGAUUGAAAGCGGUUCAGCAAUUCAUAGGGAAACGAAUGCAUGAUGCAUUCUGUUCUGACAGCAACAACAUGUGCGGGGGGUCAUUUGAACAUGAGCAUUCGGAAAAUGACACCAUAUCUACCAUCAUUAAGAACACAACCACUGACGAAUCAGUGCAGGUGGUGAACAGUGAAGGUGAUGUUGACAUAGAGUUGAUGCACUCAGAAGAGACUGCAAAUACCACCAAACAACAUUCUGCGAUGUCACAGUCAUUAUCACAGGUGAUAGACAUUGAUCUAGGCUCUGGUGACAGCACUGUAUUGCAGAAGACUGAGCUGGGCUCCAGGCCUGGCAGGUUGAACAAAGAUGGAUAUCAGGAGAAAUCAGUGAUCACCCAAGGGAGCAGUAAGCCAAGGAAAGAUGUCAUCGAUGUUGAUGUCAAGAGCCACACUGAUGAAAUCACAUCUUGCUUUGAAAGCAAUGUAUAUGGAAAGCAGAAGGCGCCUUCACCACCCAUCAUAAUCGAGUCAGAGGAUGAUGAGGCAGGAUCAUCCACAGGAUAUUGUUCUGAUCCUCUGACAGUUGAACUGCCAGAUGUGAACAAUCGGUCUUCACACGGUCGAGAUGAGGAAGGGUUAGAAAACGUCCUGCUGCCAAGCCUUCAUGAUGACUGGGAAUAUUGGACAAGGAUUGUAUUUGAGAAAGGAAACUCACAUGUGUUCUUGAAUCUCGGAACCUGGAUGCUCAUUUGGUUUCAUCAGAUGAUGAACCUAAACAUGCAUGCUUUGGUUGAUGGACUUAUCAUUCUGCAAAAUCCACGGCUGAUGGAUGAGAUCAGCAAUGAUCAUUUCUUUGAGGCCAUGGGGAUGGAGCGAUUGUACACUGCAAUUGCACACAUGGAAAUGAGUCCUCAGUACCUGUGUCAUCUAUUCCAUGCACUUGGCAAAGCCAUGAGUUGCUCGGAAGUGAGCUGCAGUAACCUACAAAUUUUGCCAUGUAACUCCCCACCAGUGAUUGAAGCACAGAUGUUAUCAGACAUGGACAUUCCAUGGCUAGCACUAAAACCCGAUGAAAUAAUGGCUCCAUGGUCAGGAUUCACAGACGUUACUGACAAUGAUGCAGAUGGAUUACUUGAUGGUGAUGAGGUUGAAGUCAUAGAUGCAUUGGAUUGCAUGAUCAUCGGAGAAGGUUCCACUUCAGACAAGCCUGGAACUUGUGUGGGCGAUUCAAAAUAUCCAAAGCGGAAGAGAACAUCUUCUCAAGUGUCCCCACUGAAGAAGGAUGGUGGUAGAGGUCCUGCAAAGCAUUGCAAGAACUGUCAAGAAAUCUUGGCCCAAUCUCUGUCACCCAUCCUGUCAUCAACUGAUAUUGACGAAUCUGGUUUCAUCAUGUCUCCAGUGGUCCCUCACUUGUCAUUGAUUUCCAAUGCCAGUAGUCUGCAGGAUGACGAAUCCGUGCUCCUGGAGGCAUGGGAUGCCAACACAGCAGAUGAUCAUCAUAAUCCUGAUGGUGAACAACAGAUGUCAAUAUUGUCAGAUGUGCAUCAUGUGAGACCAAUUCCACAGGAUGGCAAUUGUGAAGAGAUUGAGCAACCAACCUCUCCAUUGACAUGUCACAUUGGCGCCCACCCAUCAAGCCCAGUAAUCCUCAUCCCUGACAGUGAAUCACCUAAGCAUCCGCAUUUCAGACAUAGUCCACCAAAACUGUCACCAAUCACACUUCUGCUGCUGACUGGGGACUUCUUGCAUGAAGAAAGCAUGCAAUGUGACACUGAUUUGGUUGUUGGACCUGUCACAGAUGGUGAGAAAGAUGUUACACAGACUGUCACUCAUGCCACCCCUCAAGAUACUUGUGAAGUGAGUGAAUGGACAUGUCUGUGGACAUGA